UGAAGCAGAGCCCGCAGCAGUGAACCAAAGAUCGGCGGCGGACUUCGAGACUCUGAUCGAGCGCUUGGAGCGCGUGACGUCACGGUUGGAGCAACUUGCGGUGCGCGCACGCAGUCCCACGCCGCCACGCUCGCCGGCACCCUCCCCGGCUUCGCUGCCCAACUCGCCAGCACCACAGAUAUUUUCCGAGCAACUACCACCCUCCGAUAAUAUGAGCGUCAACGGAUAUCAAGAUAUCUUGCAGGGUCCACUGCGCACAUACAUCGAGCUCUCUCAGCAGAUUGGGGGAGAUGUUGCCACGCACGCGAACCUUGUCAAUGCUGCCUUUCAGGCACAACUCCGCUAUAUUCAGCAAGCGACUAGUCGCAGUAAGCCAUCCCAAUCUGAGGAGAUGCAACUGUUAGCACCUACUAGCGAACAGAUCUCAGCUAUUCAGCAAUUUCGAGAAAAGAACCGUGCUUCGCCGUUCUUUAACCAUCUGUCUGCUAUUUCGGAGAGUAUACCCGCCCUCGGUUGGGUGGCGGUGGCUCCGACCCCGGCUCCUUAUGUAAAAGAGAUGAACGAUGCUGGCCAGUUCUACACCAACCGCGUGCUUAAGGAGUGGAAGGAGAAGGACAAGAGACACGCGGAGUGGUGCCGCACUUGGGUUCAGCUGUUGUCUGACUUGCAGGCAUACGUAAAGCAAUACCAUACGACCGGCCUUGUGUGGUCUGGCAAGGGAGCGGGAGCACCCCCGCCCCCACCUCCGGGAGGUCUGCCACCGCCGCCGCCGGUGCUGCCCGACGUUGACUUCUCCAAUCUUUCUAUCGAUGAUAGGAGCGCUCUCUUCGCUGAGAUCAACCAGGGCGAGGGCAUCACUAGCAGUCUACGUAAAGUGACAUCAGAUAUGCAGACCCAUAAGAACCCUCAGCUGCGGCAGGGCCCGGCCCCGUUCAAGGCGGCGGCCGGCUCGCGGCCCGCCGCGCCCGCCAAGUCUCUGCCGCAGCCCGGAGCCGGCUCCUUCCCGGACAAGCCUCCAGUAUUCAAUAGAGACGGCAAGAAGUGGCUCAUUGAAUAUCAAAAAGGCAACUCCAAUUUGGUGGUAGAGAAUGCGGACAUGAACAACGUGGUGUACAUGUUCCGUUGCCGCGACUCCGCGCUCACCGUCCGCGGCAAGAUCAACGGCGUCGUACUCGACUCGUGCACCAAGUGCUCAGUCGUGUUCGAUAACCUCGUCGCCAGCGUCGAGUUCGUCAACUGCCAGUCUGUGCAGAUGCAGGUGUUGGGUAAGGUGCCAACCAUAUCCAUCGAUAAGACCGAUGGAUGCCAAAUCUAUCUGUCACCGGAGUCACUUGAUGUUGAAAUCGUCAGCUCCAAGUCUUCGGAAAUGAACGUGCUGGUACCCAAGGGAAAUGGCGAUUAUGCGGAGCACCCAAUACCGGAGCAGUUUAAAACAUUGUUGAACAAGCCCCGAAACGGAUUGACCACCACCCCCGUCGAGAACAAGGGCUAAAUGGAUAUCUUGUAACAAACGCUGCAAUCUAAGCCCGGGAACAAAAUUUCUAUAUUAUUUAAUUGAAAGAAAUACUUCCAUUUGCUAAAUGUAAACGAAAAUUUGCCUUAAGAGGCUACCGGAUUAUUUGCUGUAAAAAUAGUGCCCUAAUACAAAUUAUAAAGCACACAUUCGAGACGAGGAAGGCUCUCUAAUUUAAUGAUAUAUAAAUAUACUUUGCACGGU